AGACUUGUAACAAAUGCUCAACUGGUAACAUUGACCUUGUAUUUGUCAUCGAUGGUUCCAAGAGUGUCCGACCACACAACUUCGAGCUUGUCAAGCAGUUUGUCAUAAAGAUCGUGGACAGCCUGGCCAUUUCUGCUCACGGCACGCACGUCGGCUUGGUUCAGUACUCUAGUCGGGUUCGCACGGAGUUUUCUCUCGGCCAGUUUCAAACAGCCAAAGAUAUCAAAAAUGCCGUGACGAAUAUACAGUAUAUGGAGAAAGGUACGAUGACCGGGCUGGCACUCAAGCAUAUGGUAGAGCACAGCUUCUCAGAAGAAGAAGGAGCCAGGAAAAAUAUUCCAAAAAUCGGUCUGGUAUUCACCGACGGUCGUUCUCAAGAUGAUAUCUCUGAAUGGGCUAAAAAAGCUAAGGAUGCAGGUAUUACUAUGUACGCCGUCGGUGUUGGUAAGGCAGUGGAAGAUGAGUUAAAUGAGAUCGCGUCGGAGCCAGUAAGCAAGCAUUCUUUCUACACGGCAGAUUUUGGCACCGUUAAUCUCAUUGCAGAAGAUCUGAAACUCAACAUCUGUCCAGAGGAAAUAAAGGGUGAAACGGAGAUUAAGAAUCCAUGCGACUGCGAACACCUGGUCAACUUUCAGUCAAGCACCCUAACUACGCUUGGAAACCUCGGAUACUCACUCGCUCAGCUGACAGCAAGACUUGAAAAUCUGGAAACCCAGCUGGCCAACAAGAAAUGAAGAACUUC